CACCUUUCUCUCCACUCCACAGGUCUCCAGUCUCCUCUCCUGUCAUCUGAGAAUCUCUCCGGCAGCUUAUCUUUGGUUCACUGUUUAUCCUGCGCAGCCUGGCAACUGUCCGCAUGCCCAGGAUUAUUACUGGAGCCCCCUUUCAACACACACGCAACUUUUUUUUAUCGAACUCUUAUCAAGGAGACAAAUUUGGGGUAAGCUAAGGAAAGAGCACAAGUAGUGGAUUUUGGAUAUUCUGUCUUUUGUUUGACCCUUUUUUAAAACUUAGUUGGCUUACUUUUUUGUUACCUUUCAUUUUUUGUCCCCCUCUCCCUCCCGUCCUUAUCUUUCUGGAGGGCUGUGUGUUUGCAUGCGAUGGAUCACACACUAUUUGGCUGCCUCCGCAGCCCCCAUGCCACUGUGCAGUCCCUGCACCCUGCCUUCACCCAGUCUCCACUGACUCUCCACGGACGCUCGGACCACGUCUCCUACCCUGACCUGGCCUCUUCCACUGCCACCUCCUCUCCUUCGGCCUGCAUCAUCUCUGGCUAUCCCGGUGACGAGGGCCUGUUCGGUGGGCAUCACCAUCAUCACCGCGGGCAUCACCCGGCACAGCAACAGCAGCAUCACCCGCCUCAGCACCAGGCCGGCUGGCACAUUCCACAGAUGCCCUCUCCUGGCAGUGCGAACUCCCGCCACAACUUCUGCCACCCCCACCCCCACUCUCACUUGGCCCAGGAUAGUGCUCUCGCACCCCCAGACCUAGGCACCCCUGGCAGGAACAGUCUCUGUACCAGCACCCCCAACCUGGGCAGCAGCACCCCCACGGGGGCCAACUGUGUGCCUGCAGACUUUGGAAGACAGACACUGUCACCUGCUGAGGCAGAGAAGAGAAAUGGCAAGAGGAAAAGUGACAGCUCAGAGUCCCAAGACGGGAAUUACAAGUCAGAUGUGAGCAGCAAACCCAGGAAGGAGCGGACGGCGUUCACCAAGGAGCAGAUCCGUGAGCUGGAGGCCGAGUUUGCCCAUCACAACUAUCUGACGAGACUGAGGCGCUACGAGAUAGCAGUCAACCUCGAUCUCACAGAGAGACAAGUAAAGGUGUGGUUUCAGAACAGGAGGAUGAAGUGGAAACGAGUAAAAGGAGGUCAACAGGGGGCUGUAGCGAGGGAAAAAGAACUGGUGAACGUGAAAAAGGGGACAUUGCUGCCAUCCGAAUUCUCCGGCAUAGCGGCUCUUCAUCACUCCACAGACUCCCUGGCCAAUGAGAACAGUCACGACAGCGACCAGAGUUCUGAGCAUGCUCACUUAUGAUGCACAGCAGCAGGCCACGCCUACUCAAAGUGGGCUCAGCCUAACAUCUCAGGAAUGUCCUUAAAAGGACAUGGUGUCUGGUCAUCGUUAGCAAAGUUCAACGAUGCUAAAUAAAUGUGUACAAAUGUACAAAGAAAUUACGUGUGUUACUUGAUCUAAGAAGAUGCAUGUUAGGACAUGUUAGGACGUUGCUUAAACCAAACUAAGAUCACCAAUACGUUUCAAGAAUUGCGAACCCUAACGCAGGAAUAUGAGAUAUUGCAAAAGGUCAAUGCACAUUAAGCAUAUGUUACGAACGUGCCUCCACUCAACGCUCUGCUUUUGGAAGCCAGACAUAUUCUUAGAAUAUUAGGACAGAUGCAGAAUUGUUAUGAACAUUCCAUGUUGUGUGUCUUGCAUUGAAAAAGUGGCAAGUUCAUGCUUUUGAUUUGCACUGUUGAACACUUGCCUCAAUUGGUUUCUACUGUAUGUCAUAGAAAUUGCGAUGUAAUCGAAUUAUUGAUUAAAUCAAGUGUGCAGGAGAAUCAAAUUUCAGCUAAUUUACAAUAUACUCUGAACUUUAUUAUCUGUAUUUUUCUUACCUUCGCUAUAGCAAUAAUUUCUAAUACACACUAUACCACU